CUGAUCAUACUAUCGGAUACUUCCUUACCGACAAUUCAUGUAGUGGUUGUUCUGCGGCGAAUGUGGUUAUUGAUAGUUCGAAGUAUUAGACAGUUAUUCGUUUUUUAUUAAUCUAUUGUUAAGACGAUGUCAGUAUUAUAGCUGCUUAACAAUGUGUUUAUUGUAACGAGGAUAACUUAGUAGUAAGGUUAGGUGAUGUAUAACAAUAUAUCUUUAUAAGAAGGGAAAAAGAAAAGGAUUACGAUGUUGCAUCGCUCCUACAAUCUUUUGAACUUUAUUCGGAACGCAAGUCGAUGUCAUGUCGAUCAGCUGUGUGUAUUCCAGAUUGGAUUAAUCAGAAGACAUGCCAGUAUUUUUAUAAUACCCAAGUGUGGCAUCCGAUACAAAGUAUGCAAGUUUACGAGUGCUCAAAAAAUUUUUAUUAAUAGAAAAGUAGAUAAGCAUGAUGAUUGGAGAUGGAUUUAUAUGACAAGAUUUUUAUCUGAUGAUACAAAAACUAAGAAAGAUAAGUCUGAAAAAAUAUUAGCUGAAGAUUCUCAGCAGCGAAUAAUAGAGUUAAAUGAAGAAACACUAGGUAAAUUAAAAGAAAGAGUAUUAGACAUAGAACCAAUUAUUCCUGCUGAUAAGAAAGAAGAAGAGACAGAAGAAACAGCAAAACUUACAGAAAAGCAGUCCACAGAGUCUAAAGAGUCAUUAAAAGAUGAUAUUACACUGAAAAAAGCAAAAAAGAGGAUCAGAGUUGAUAAAUCGACAUCUUCUUUGGAACGUAACUUUAUUACACCUGUAAGAGCCAUGUCAGAUUUUUUAUUGAAGCUCACUGAUUUGGAGACCUUACCAAAAACUAAAAGACGUUCUCCAUAUGAGCUGGAGCCACCUAUCACAGUAUAUUGGAGGAAAGAUGUUGAGGCUAAAGCUUUAGAAGUGUGGGGAUCACGAGAGGCUUUGCUGAAGGAACUUUUAAAGAAAGAGGUUGAGCGAAAAAUCUACCAACAAAAUGUUUUUACGGUCAAACGAAGGUUGAGGGAUUACAGACGAGAGAUCGGUAGUAAGACGGAGAUAAUACAAAGGGAAGGUCUUUUUGGAAGAUCCGGUAAAGUGGUAUUGACCGCAAUAGCAAUAAACGCCAGUAACUUUUUCUGUAAAUUAAUCGCUUGGUUAUAUACCGGCUCGCACAGUAUGUUCUCCGAGUGCAUUCACUCCGCGGCGGAUACUUGUAAUCAGUUGAUUUUAGCAUAUGGUAUUCAUAAAUCAGUGCAGAAUCCCAAUCCCGACCAUCCAUACGGCUACACAAACAUGAAGUAUGUUUCUUCGCUAAUAUCAGGUGUGGGAAUCUUUUGCGUCGGCACAGGUCUCUCCGUAUAUCACGGUAUACAUGGGCUCCUGUUUCCUGCACCGCUCGAUUCCCUUUUCUGGGCGUACUUUGUCUUAGGUGGAUCCUUAUUGUCCGAAGGAGCAACGUUGAUGAUAGCGUUGCACUCUAUAAGAAAAGGUGCGGAAGAGAAGAAAGAGAGCUUCAAGCAGUACGUCUUGGAAGGGCAGGAUCCGUCCGUGAAUGUUGUGCUUAUGGAGGAUUUUGCAGCUGUACUCGGUGUCAUUGGUGCGGCUGGAUGUAUGGGCUUGACUUCGUAUUUAGGAAAUCCGAUGUUUGAUGCUAUCGGUUCGCUCCUAGUUGGCGGCCUCCUUGGCGGAGUGGCGUCUUUCAUUAUUUAUUCGAACGUCGCCGCACUCGUGGGAAGAAGUAUAUCGCAAGAGAAUCUCGAUAAGAUCAAUGCUGAAUUAGAAGCUGAUAUAAUGGUUCGCGCUAUACACGAUGUAAAAGGUAUUGAUAUGGGUAAUAAUCUAGUGAGAUAUAAAGCUGAAUUAGAUUUCGAUGGACGGGAACUGACAAGAUCUUAUCUGGACAAACAUGAUCUUAUCACGAUGUUAGAGGAAGUGAAGAGCAUGCAGAAUAUUGAUGAAUUAGAAGCAUUCUUAUUAAGACACGGUGAAAAUAUUGUGGAUAUGCUAGGUGGAGAGAUCGAUAGAAUAGAAUUAAAACUAAAGAAAAAUCAUCCAGAGAUACGACAUUGUGAUUUAGAAAUUCUAUAAGUAUCUAUUGACACGAUUCCUUAAAUUAAAUUUAGAUGAAAACAAAUGUAAAAUACUAUUCAACUGAAGUAAUAUAUAUAUAUAUAUAUAUAUAUAUAUAUAUAUAUAUAUAUAUAUAUAUAUACAAUCAUUAUUGUUAUUAUUAUUAUAAGAGUUUUUUAGGUUUUCAAAAUAAAAACAGUGCUUCAGUUAGUAGUAAAGAAGAACUAUGUUUUGUAAAUGUUUUAUAUAUAAGUUGUAUACAGCUACUGUGUAAAAACAUCAUUCAGUGUAAUAAACAGUGUAAUUAACAGACUUUUUAGGAAUAUAACGCAUUAUGUAUCAUAUAAAAAAAAACAUAUAAUUAUAUAAUAAUCAUAUUAUUAAUAAUCAUGUA